UCGUGGGGCCAGCAGCGCGUCCCCGGCGCGGCGCCAUCCCCGCGAUGCUGCGGCUGCUGCUGCUGCUCAGCGGGGUCCUGGGCUGCGGGGCGGAGCAGGCGGCCCCGCUCGCCUUCACCAUGCUCCAGCUGACCCGCGUCUACAAGGGCAAUUCCAUGUUCCGGGGCAAUGCCAGCCUGAAUGGGCAGCUCAGCCAUCUCCUGGAAGAGAAUAAUGUCACCCAGGUGCUCCCGCUGGAGCCUCCGGACGCCUGGGCCCGGCGGCAGAACGAGGUGAUCACCUACUUAAGGAAUUUCAGGCAGCUGGUGCAGCUCUUUAACAAGGAGAGACCCAUCAAAUUCACCCAGCACCUGCGCUGCAACCUCGGCUGCCACCUCUACCCCAACGGCACAGCCCAGAGCUUCUAUGAGGUGACCCUCAACAGGACAGCGUUCCUCAGCUUCCAUGUCCCCAACGCCACCUGGGAGCGGCGCUGGCCCGGCGAGCUCCCGGUGGCCACCUUUGCGCAGGAACAGCUGAUGAAAUACCCCAUAACCACCCAGGACCUGCAGUAUUUCCUCAACACCACCUGUGUCAGCAUCCUGCAGGCUCAGAGCACCAGGACAGGAAAAGUCAGCGGCCGAUCGCGCACUCCGCUGGUACUGGGGCUGGUCCUGGGAAGCCUCGCCCUGCUGGGAAUGGCCCUGGGCAUCUUCCUGUGCACAGGAGGGAGCUGCUAG